AUGACUACAGAGAGGAAAUCUACCGAGGCAGACGACGUGUUUGAGUUUCUGGAAUCGUUGCCCGAGACAAGCUCCAACGGGAACCAGGACGAUAAGACCAAAGAUGCCACAAAGAAAGAUCCACAGAAGAAGGACGAGGACAUUAUGGACUUCCUGGAUGAACUAGAAAAGAGUACAGCAGAUCUGUCCGAGAAGAAGGAUAAGAAACAGACAAAGAAGGUGGAGGAACGAGUUAAGACGGAGGACCAACCGGUACAGAAGGAGGAGAAGGAGAAGGAGGAAAGUAAAGAAAAGAUAACUGCGGAAACGGCAAAGACACCAGAACAAGAACAAGAAGAAGAACAAGUAAAUGAUCCAAUAACAUCUUUUUCCAACUGGUGGUCCUCGUCGGGUUCGAAUACUGUCUCAUCGUUAUGGAAUAAGACUACGGAACAAGCAUCAACGCACUUGAAGAAAGUGACAGAGAGAAUUAACCAGGAACAACAGAUGGAGGACUCCAUCGCAUCCAAAUUGACCAAGAACUUGAAUCCAAUAAAGAUAUCGGAAUUGGCAAAAAGUCUUUCUAAGAUUGUUGUGGGUGACACGGAGGAGAUCCUUAGAAUUCAUUUGGUUCAUGAUUUGAUUAAUUAUUCUUAUCUACAAUAUCAAAUUGAAACAAAAUUCGAUCAAGUAUUGUCUUCUCAAGUGCAAGGCGGUAUAAGAAUCUUUGUUGAUGAAUGGGGAAACCCAAAUAAGAAAAUGGAUUCUUCAAUCACAAACGAAUUUAACGAUGCUAAAUUCCUGAAAAGGAAAUUGAAUCUAUUUAAUGGGAAGAUUAAUGAUGGUGAAAAAUUAGCAUUUGCUAAUUUGGAUAAUUCCAUUAAAUUAUUCAAUAAAGCUCAUGAAGAGAUUAUGAAACAAAAGAAGGAGAAUGAAAAGCAAGAAGGCAAGGAUGGAAAGGAUGAAAAUGAUCAAAAUAAAAUAAGUGAUAUAUUUAUUGCUAUUCUACCCAUCGCUAUCCCCAAUACAGGUAAAGAUGAUGACAUUAUUACCACUGACCCUUCACAUCCAGGAAAUUUCAAUUUCACCAUUGUACUAAAGGACAUUACAAAUAAUAUUACAACAAUAACGAGAUCACAAGGUUUCCCAUUGAAAUGGGUCAAAUGGCUGGAAAAUUACAACGACGAUGAAGGUGAAGAUGCUGAUGCCGAUGCCGAUACCAAUGAAAAGACGAAUAGAGAUAAGGAGGAAGAGGAGGAAGAGGAAGAAGAACUCGGUGUAGACCCUGGUGACUGGGUUAAAGAAUGGAUAGAAGACGGACUAAAUCUGGCCUUCGGUAUAGUAGCACAGAACUACGUUAUCCAAAGAAUGGGGUUUUGA